CAUCAUCAUGAGCUCACUGACAUCAAGUGCCUGUCAAGCAUUAGCGGAUCAUUCAUAUGUCAAAUAUCUGAGUAGGAAUGGGACGUCUGAAUUGAGAGACAUCCUGGAGAUGACUGACGACUAUACUCGGGAACAUGAGCGGAAUGGAGAUGAAUCACUGUCCGAUGAUGACUCUGUAAGCUUGUUAUGUGAUCUUAAUGCCUGCCGAAGCAGAGGGGCAGCUGAGGACAUGGAAAUAAGUGAUUUAGAUUCACAAGUUGGCAACAAAGAGUCGAAAAAGAAAAGGAAGAUAAAUGGACUCGAACCACCCGGGCCAUAUACAUCCAGCUGUAUCCGGUCUGCAGCAGGCCAUGCUAAUUCUACAUCUCAAUCAGCAAAUGCCUUGCAAUGUGUGAAAAUCCACACCAAGAGACAACUUAACAAGAGAAAUGAAAAGGGAGAGACUCAGCUGCACAAAGCGUGCCAGAGAGAAGAUCUGGCACAAGUCAAAGCACUCAUUCAAGCUGGGAUCAGUGUCAACAUAGAGGACUACGCAGGCUGGACAGCCCUCCAUGAAGCUUCUGCUGUGGGUGAUGAGGCAGUGGUUGAGGAGCUGUUGAGGGCUGGAGCUAAUGUUAACGCUAGAAACUGUGAUGGCGUCACACCCCUACAUGAUGCCGUUACCACUGGACACUAUCAGGUAGUGAAGCUUCUUCUCCAGUAUGGGUCAAAUGCCAGUGACAGGAAUGUCGGUGGCCUCAGCGCACUAGACAUGGCAGAGGAGGACAAUAUCAAAGAGCUACUCUUAACUUUCCAAGCAUCUUCUGUUAUUCAUCAGCACCUUUGUGAGGCACCUGCACAGUACAGACAGGCAGGUGACACAUCCUCAGAGGCUCGCUGCCACAUGCAGCUCUCCUGCCAGAGCAGCUUCAGUCCCAGCCACAAUGACACAGCAAAUGCACAAUCCAGAGAAUCAGAUGACAGAGACGGAGCCAGAGAGCCCGGUGACAUUCAGCUGAGAAAGAAAGACACCACCGCUGAUAGUCUGAGUCAUUCGGUGGCCGUGGUUUUGGAGGAUGUGAAGAGGAAACAAACCGAAAUCUCAAAUUGGCCUCUGGCAGGUGUUGGGGAUACAGGAAGAUUUCUCUCUGCUCUGACACAUAUCCAGAAUGUGCUGAUUGAGGUGCUCGGCAAACAGCAGUCGGAGAAGGAUAAUCUUGCCAAAAAAUGCCGGAGUGUGUCCGACUUCCUUCGGCAACGUGUGUUGAGAGGUCAACUCGUCUCCAUCGCUUCACAUCAGAGGACUUUGGUGGAGAUUCUCCAGAAGCAACUGCAUUUGGUAGAAGUGUAUGUAACCACAAAGGCCAAACUUUCCCCUCCAAACCAUAUGAGCAGUACCGUAGCCAGACAGCAGCAAGAUCAGUUCUGCACUCAAGCUUCCACACCCACCUUUCCUAAAGCUAGUGACUCACACAGCUGUAAUCAAGAGAGUCAAAGAAAGGAAGGCCAUAGAACAGCAACACAGCCCCAACUGUUAAGAUCAGUUCCUCCAAACAAUGCCAGGAACCUUACAAUGUCCAGACCUUCUGCUUCAUUACUAACGCAGGGGAAGAAGAUGCUGACACACACUGAUGUGCUGAAUAAGAAAGCCAGCAGCUGUCAGAGCAACACCCUGCAACCGCAAAAUACUUCACAACACAUCAACUUUCAGAAAAGAGGAAAUAAUGCCCUGAUACAGACAAGAGCUGAAGACAACAGCAGACAUCUCUCGAAGCUAAUACAGAGUGGAGUCAUGCAAACUGGAAGUACUCUACAGUUGUUGUUGAAGGGUCACUGGCACUUUGCUCAUGUGCUUUGUGAUAGCUCGAUUAAAGACAGUAAAGGCAAGUUGCAUGUGGCUCCAGAACGCUGGCUGGAGUCUAUCCUUGGUAACAACAUCCCUGUCAGCUCAGCAUACGCUUGGAACAAGGUGACGUUCAGAGACAAACCUUUGUCUCAUUACUUAUUGAACAUGGAGACUGAAGGAAACACUCCAGAGACAUAUCCUGAGGACGAUGUUCAGCACUGGAAGGCCGGAUCUUCUCGGGAGAUGCUGACCACAGAGGCAUCCUGCUUGAGCCGUCUCAUGAAAAUCAAAAUAAUCCAUUUGGUGGAUGAUGACGAACUGCUGCCAAACGCUAGGCUGAACAUCUACUGGGAGAAGCUCUUGAAGAAAGAAUAUUCAGAGUCUGAAGACUGGGGGAGUGAAUUAUUAUAAUUAUCUCUCCCCACAUUUUGUCCAUAACUGUUUGAGAGUUUAAAGGACCAGUGUGUAGGAUUUAGUGGCGAAGUGGUGAAGUUGCAGAUUGUAAUCAUUUAAAUACAGCUCAGCCCUCCAGGUGUGUAGGAAGAAACUAUCAAAAGCCCCUGUUUAGAGCCAGUGUUGUGUUUUUCCGUUCUGGGCUACUGUAGAAACAUGGCGGUUCAACAUGGUGGACCUGCUUGAUAAACUGACCACUCAUGAUUGGGGGGUACAGGGGGGUACAAUGUGACUUCCACUGAGUGAAUAUGGUUGAAAAGUAUUAUAUGAGUUUGUUGUUAUUUGUACUUCCGGUUUCAUGUUGUAAUUGUUUAUGUCAGACAGCUUCAGCUCUAUUUGGCCGUGUGGAAGUAGGAUGUAGUUUCACACUAUAUCUGUAAAGUGUUUACUACAGGUUUAUCUGCAGUAUCUAUAGUAUUUGCAAUGUUAACCGUUUCACUGUUAAACAAUAAAGA